CUCUACGUUCGGAAUUCGUUGCAUUUAAAUUACGGUACAGGUACUCAGCUCAGAUUUUUUUUUGUAAACAUUGCACAAUACAAUUGGCCUCGGGGAAUAUUUAUAACGUAAUAAAUAAGAGGCUGAAUUCUAUGAGAUAAUUUUAAUUUACACGCUCACUGUACGAGUGCAAGUUUCCAGAAUGGACUGAAAACAAGGUCUGAAACAAGGUUUGCACAAAUUCUUAAGGAUCUAGGACCUGAUCUCCAAGGUUAGGAUGAAGAAACACGAGCGUCACUGCUUUCUUUCUGGUGUCUGCCCAGAUGAACACUGCCAAUCCAAACUGUACUUCCCAUCAUAUGAUCGCACCGUAGAGUGUACCAGCUGCGGACAAAUACAUGAAUGCCGUUCCUUACGAUCCGUUGCGGAAGUCACCGACCCAGAUGUUGUUCUCCACAACAUGGUGCGGAACCUUCUGAUGGGCAACUUCGCGCCGAAGAAGACAACCGAUUCCAUCAAGGUCCUGGGUCUGUCCAACUACCACUGCAAGCUUCUGAGCCCUCUGCUGACGAACUUUGGCAUGGACAAACAAGGCAAGGCCCAGCCGUUGGAGAGCUUGACGCAGAGCAACGUCUUCAACUGUUCCAACCUGGGCGGCCGUGCCUUUCUGAUCCAACCGGAGCACAUUGACAUCAUGGGGUACGGGCGGGACCAGACCGGAAGCGCUCACUACCUUUGCAACACUUUGGAACAGAUCAAACAAGUCAACGGAGACGAGGAAGUCCUGAUACCGAUACAUGCCGAUGGGGAUGGACAUUGUCUCGUCCACGGUAUCUCCAGGGCUCUCGUUGGUCGUGAACUCUUCUGGCACGCCUUGAGAACAAACCUCAAGAAUCACUUUGAAGAGAACUUGGACCGUUACAAGAACAUGUUCAAGGAUUUUGUGGAUAAUAGCGAAUGGCCCCAGAUUAUAGCUGAGAGUGACCCAGACUAUCUACCGGGGCCCAAUGAGGCCAUGGGGCUCCAGAAUAUUCAUAUCUUUGGUCUUGCUAACAUCCUUCGAAGACCUAUCGUCCUUCUUGACUCGCUCAGUGGACUAGAAAGCUUUGGUGAUUAUUCAGGAGUAUUUCUCCCUGUGUUAAAUACACCGGCUGAAUGCAGUGGAAAGGACGGUAAACUCAACAAACCUCUUUGUGUCGCUUGGAGCAGCUCUGGAAGAAACCACUUCAUAGCCCUUGUAGGGGUCAAAGGUCGUCCGUUGCCACGGUUACCAAGGUGGAUGCUCUCGAAAGCCUGGGGGACGUCGCAAGAAGAGGUCAAUAGAUACAUUGAGUUUGAUGGCGAUGGCAUGUGCACCGUAGGGGGAGACAGGGCACUUACCGAGAAUUAUGUACAGCGUCUAGUUACCGCAAUGGAAGAUCAGUUCCAAGACAAACAUGGUGUCCAUCCGUCAUUAGUGUCUGAUGUCUACAACUUUAUCUCUAAGAGAACAGGUAUUGGUGGUAUUCACCAGAAUGUGAUCAUUGAGCAUACCAGAGCAUCGGUUCAGGAUCAUCAAUUAUACAGAUGCCUCAUCUGUUCUGCAGUGUCCCAGGUACCCUAUCCUCAAGGCUACAGUGGCACACCCUCUGGUCUCAAGGAAGGAGGAGAACUCUACCUAUUGGCUAAACAAACCAAUGGCACUUUACAAGAAGGACGGGUCUAUGACUUCCCUACACAAGACAUCCAGUGUACCUACGAUGCAUCCUCAGAUGAACUCAUUCCGGACCAUACCUUCAAUCAGGAUGCCACGUGCCCAUGGUGUAAAGGCAAGCAGCUUCGCCGGGUGAAAACCGAUGGCAGUAUUGUCUACAUGAACGGCGAUAGGACCAGUGCUGCGUCAAGUUCUACGACUUGUAACUGCGGCCAUAAACAUUUCUGGGAUGGCGUGGAGUAUGAUAACCCUCCUAAAAUAUUCAAAGUUCCUCUUGUUUGGAAGGGAAAGACGAUAGAGGAGGAGGUCGUUUGGUUCCAGAACGAGCCGGAUCCGUUCAUGAACAGCAAUGCAUUCAAACUUGCAGAGUCUCUGGUCAAUAAACAUUAUCCGGGAGAAUUCGGUAACGAACAACUCGUCCAGAAGGUGGUCGAAUCCAUACUACACAAUACUGCAAGCAGGGAGGCAGCCUACCAACCACCCUCACUGUCUGAUAUGCCUCGCCCGAGUACAUCAUCAACGGUAAAACCAGAGGAAGCUUCAAGUAGCUCUACUGAAAAGCCAGAAGGUGUGGAGAGUUUACCAAUCGAAGGGAGAGACUCGCCGAGGAAGCAAUUGGGGAUGAAAAACAAGGAAGCAUCUGUUGCAAGCUCUUCAUCCAUGAAUUCACCAUCUAAGAUUAUCCUCUCCGGUGGGUCAAAAUCACUGCAUAAGGAGGAACUGACGAUGAGUGAAACGGAGAGAGCUCUCAGAAAGAAGAUAGCGAAGAACGCUCCUCAAAAUCAACAAAAGAAAUCCUUAGAACAGUUGGAUCGAUCCAACCAGUCGUCAUCUUCGUCAGGGGUCGGGGAGAUGAAGUUUGUUGCCAUGGAGACCGUGUCGUCAAGGACAAUAGAGCCCCCGAGUGAUAUACGGAUCAAGCUUAGCUCCUCUGACGGGAAACACACUACACUGGUCCUGGCUGCAUCAACUACUUAUUCUCAGCUCCAGACCCUCAUAGAAUCUAAGUUGCACAUUGCUUCAGCCAAGCAGAGGAUCAAGUAUGGCUUUCCCCCGAAAGAGCUUAGGGCGCCCCCUAGUGGUGAGGAAGGUAGUUCGCUGCCAUUGAGGAAUGGAGAUAAAGUAACCGUUGAAGUCAUACAGGAUAUUAGUAGAGCUGAUCCCCAUUACAUGGCAUCUGGAAUAGCAGCUACCAAGCAAAAGAGGAUCAGCGAACAAGGAUUAAAUCAAGGUGCUAUUCUGAAAGAAUUUCAGAAAGACAUCAACAAGAUGCAUGAGAGUGAUGAAAGCAAUCUAGAGGUCCAACUGACUUCCCAUACCCUGAUGGCUGCAUUGAAUGGAUUGGACCUGUGGAACUAUUCAAAGAGGAAGCCUGAACUAUUCUCAAGAGGGGGGUUAUUUUACAACAUUGUUGAGAGGGACCUAGGUCUUGAAGAUGGCAAACAUUGCAUGCUGCCCUCUAUACCCAAGAAGAGAUUCCGUUUCUCCCAACCCAAUGAUCGUCUGGAGCUCUGUCUAGAACCCCUAGGUCACUUCCCCGUCUCAUCUGAGGUGGACGACCUUGAGAAGUUCAAGGACGUGGCCUUGGGUCAGAGGUCGUUGGAGAUGAGCGAGAGUGAGGUCGACCUUGAGGCUUCGUCCAGUGGGUACGUUGCAUUUGCUGGGAGGGGUCAUUCGUUGAGCGUUGAUGGAGGGGCUACAGUAGCUGAUGGAGCUACAGCUUCAAGGAAAUAUCCCAAGUUUGGUGGGGACUGUGAAGGCGAUGGAAAGCAGGGUUUAGAGAUGGCCAUGGACCAAGUGCAAUACGAGGAGAGUCACAUUCCAAGCCGAUCGGAACACCCCUAUGGUGGAAUGGAUGAGUCCAUUCUGAAGCAGGGGCAGUGUGUUGAAAUGGAGCAUUCCAAAGAAGGUGCAGGCAUUCAGAGGGGAGAAGGUGAGGGGAUGACUGAAGGAGGGAAAGGAGAAAGGGAAAUUCCUAUGGAUGUUGAGGAUGAGGCGGUCGAAACGAGUAAGCCUACACCAAUGGAGGUGGACGCCUCUGAUCAACCCAUGCCAGAACCUUUCAACCAAUCACAGACAGCUUCUCUGGUGGCUGAGCUACGGAGGUCUACGACGGAACCCGUGAUUGGUGCAAUAUCGCAAGAGGCGGCAAUAAACAGGACAGCCUCUGAACCCAGUUCGCAGCUCCCUCCCAACAUCACCGCUGAGCUACCUGCCAGUAGCUCCUCUCAGGGAGCAACGAAUACAAACCCAUCUCAAGGAGACAUCAAUCUAUCGGACUCUGUGAUUGGUUCUGAGGGGAAAGACAAUAGAGAGAUAGCCAAUGAGGAUUGUUCUUAUGUUUCCAGGAGACUAGGUCCUGGCUACACAGUGCUUGUAAAGAGAGAAGAUGAAGACAAAUCAUAAUGUAGAGAGAAAUGAUACAUACUUUUAUUUAAUCCCUGUAUUUGGGUGCGUCGUGGUCUAGUGGUUCUGAUUCUCGCCUUUCAAACAGAGGGUCUUGAGUUUGAAUCCUAGCCAUGGCAUGUUUCCCUUCAGCAAGAAAUUUAUCCACACUGUGCUGCACUCGACCCAGGUGAGGUGAAUCGGUACCCGGCAGGAUUGAUUCCUUGCAUGCACUGAGCGCCGGUGAUGGUAGCUCGAGCUAAAGCCAGGGUAAUAAUAGCGAGUACUUAGUAUCCUCAGGCAAAAAGCGAUAUAUAAAUACAGCUGUUAUUAUUAUUGUUAUUAUUAUUAUGUUAUUAUGAUUCUGAACUCUGGUUUGAUUUCAAAUCUUAAGUUGUAGUUUAACUGUGGACAGCCAAAUGCAUCAACAAUCAGUAGCAGUACAGAUUCAUCGCGUCAGCAACUUUGGCGCUCAAUUUAUUCACGACUGUCUGGGAAUAAUAACUGAAAUAGUUUUCUUCAUCAUUCAAGCAUGGGGGUCGAACACAGAAUACAUAAGAAACAAACAUUGUAAAUUAAAUUUUGACACUCUUGGCUUACCAUAAUUUGAGCACAGAGUUUGAUAAAAGUUUAAAUUGAACUGGACUUCAGAAAAAUAGCCUAUAGGUUCCGCUGCAUAUAUUGUGAGUCGAGCAAACAAAUAUUAAUUCCCUAGAAGAUAUAUCCUUUUACUGUGCGGAUAUAGCCGGAUUUGAUUCAGUGGUUUUGGGGGGCCUUUCAUUGUGCACAAAUAAUAUGGUUCCUAAAGGCCCUGUGACAUCGCUCGCAUCCAUCCGGCUUUUUGCGACUAGUCUUUGCUUUCAGUUGGUAGGCAUGUAAUAUAAACAUCAUUACAGGCACAUGACCUUGUAGACAGGCUACAUGUAGGUCCACCUUUAUACAUCAUAUAGCUAAUGGUGAUACCCAUAAUUGGAACAAAUUUAGAUUAUCGAUAGUAGAAUACUGCGAACAAUGAUACUAAUAAUUCAAUAAUUUUCAAAUGAAUUUAAUGCAUUUUUUUUGGCUAGAUAUUUUUUGUUACCUUGUCAUGGUUGGUACAUGCUGUGGAUGGGUAAGUGUUUUCCAAGUUAUGCUUAUAUUUGGCCAAAAAAAUAGCUCAACGAUAUUUAAUCAUAAUGAGCCGUAUAUUUUUUAAUAAUCUAUUUUAUUUGAGAGUUCAUUCCUAUAAUCCCCUUUCAUGAACACAUGAUUUGUAGUGUAAUGUUUGAACGAAAUUGAAUGAAAAUCUUAAACACAUAGGAGUAAUGCCAAAAAUUUGUUUACAAAUUAUAUUUUCCUCCUAUUAAAGCC